CCCCGAGAGCACGUCUCGUGGCACGAAAAUUUUAAAUUCUAAAUCCGACACCGUGUUUGUUUUAAAACAUUAACUGUAAAGACAAAGUUCCUUGUUGUUAUAAAUUUUGUUUUGUGACUUGUAAUAAGUAGUUUUUAGAUACGUGUUAGUAAAAGUGAAGUUAGGUUUAGGAAGUGUUUUUUGCCUUUCGAUAGAUGUGACGCUAUGUCUCCUGUGAGAUGAUCGUAAUUGAAUGGAUGUGUGAGACCCCGACAUGGUUUUAAAAAGAUGUCAAUACAAUAAUUGGAGAACAAGAAACAGUUGAUCGUGAAUUCUUCGCGACAACAUGAUAACAUGACGAAAUAUGUUAAACAAACGCAUUAGAUCCAGGACUAGCCGCUGUGAUUCGAGCAUGUACAACCAUGUCGCUUUAUGUGCACACAUCAGAUACCCAAAACAAGUAGUCUUCUUCAAUAUCUACUUCAUCCUUGUCGUGACAUGCCUCUCAGCUGAUACUGUUAAUUCAAACACUACAAAUAUGAACAAACAUUUCAAUGAAAAAGGUGUAAAAUACUUCAACACAAAGCAGAAUGAUGCUCCCGAUGACAAUUAUGAAGAUCACGACCCCUCACACCCAGAUGUCAAUUUCGAUACCAACCCCUACUACAAUAGUGAAAAUUUUCUACAUUUAAAUACAAAAUUUUACAAUAACGAGAAUAACGCUUAUAGCAAUUACGAAGACUAUAAAAAGUUCUAUCUGAAUCCUUCUAAUCCAGUCCCUAAAUCUAAUGUUAAGUUUAAGAUAAGUAGUAAGAUAGUGCAGACUAAGUAUGGAAAAUUACAGGGGAUAGUACUGGCAAUGGAUGAACACAGAUAUCUAAGUCCGCUUGAGGUUUUUUUGGGCGUACCGUACGCUACACCGCCUGUCGGAUCCAACAGGUUCAGUCCAACUCGAACCCCUUCCCCUUGGGACGGAGUGCGCGUCUCCGACAGACCAGGUCCUGCAUGCCCACAGAAGAUACCCGACAUGGAUGACGAAAGGACCAUAUUAGAGAAAAUGCCUAAAGGCAGACUAGAAUAUUUGAAAAGACUGAUUCCCUAUCUUAAGAAUCAAAGUGAAGAUUGUCUAUAUUUAAACAUUUUCGCUCCGUUGCAAAUGGACGAAACGAAGCUAGCACUCCCAGUGAUGGUGUAUAUCCAUGGUGAGAGCUACUCCUCAAGUUCCAGCCAUCCAUACGAUGGUGCAGUACUUGCCAGCUAUACGGACCUCAUCGUCGUCACCCUCAACUUCAGACUUGGUGUUCUUGGCUUUCUCAACGCAAAUCCAGCGCCGCAUCUAAAAGCCAGGGUAGCAAACUAUGGCCUGAUGGAUCAGAUAGCGGCCUUACAUUGGGUGCAACAGAAUAUAGCCCUGUUUGGAGGGGAUCCAACCAACAUAACAUUAAUGGGGCACGGGUCUGGGGCCGCCUGCAUCAAUUUCCUCAUGAUAUCACCCACCGUUAUGCCUGGUUUAUUCCACAGAGCAAUCCUUUUGUCCGGGUCAGCACUUAGCUCUUGGGCGAUUGUUGAUGACCCUGUCUACUAUUCUCUGAAGCUAGCGAAGCAUAUGAACUGUAGUAUACCGGAUGAUCUUGCAAAAGACCACGAGAUCAUAGUGGACUGCCUUAGAGAAGCAUCAAUAGAAGAACUACUAUCAGCAGACAUAUCUCCUCCGAACUUUCUCACUGCCUUUGGACCAUCAGUAGACGGCGUAGUAAUCAAGACAGAUUUUGCAAAAGAUUUCCUAACGAUGUAUUCAACAGGAGACUUCCCAAGUUUUGGACCUCUAAAUAACAUGAAUAUAAAUUUGAAUGUUCAUAAGAAGAGGAGUGAUAGUGGGAGGAGGCUGUUUCAAAAUAAAUACGAUUUGUUGUUCGGAGUAGUCACAAGUGAAGCUUUGUGGAAAUUCUCCGCUCAUGAUGUGCAAAAUGGGAUUGAACCAGAUAAAAGGGAUCGGAUGCUGAGAACGUACGUGAGAAAUUCCUACACUUAUCACCUGAGCGAGAUAUUCUACACCAUCGUCAAUGAAUACACGGAUUGGGAAAGAACGAAUCCAAUCAAUACAAGAGAUGCAACGGUAGCAGCGUUAUCAGAUGCACAAUACGUAGCACCUUUGGUUCAAAGUGGGGAUCUAUUAAGUGGUGGACCAAAACCAGCUCCGAAUGAUGAAGAUGGACCUCGAAGACCGACUAAAACGUUCUUCUAUGUGUUCGAUUACCAGACUAAGGACGGAUUCUACCCACAGAGAAUGGGUGCCAUCCACGGAGAGGAGUUGCCUUACGUCCUCGGAGCUCCAUUAGUGGAUGGCUUUGGUCAUUUCCCUCAGAAUUAUACCAAGUCCGAAGUGGCUUUAUCAGAAUCCAUUAUGCUGUUCGUGGCGAACUUUGUGAAGACCGGGAAUCCGAACGACAACGCGCGUCAAGAGUCCCUGCUCCCCGCGUCGAGGGAGAGAAAUAAAUUCAGGGGAAUCAACUGGGAAGAAUAUGAUUCCACUCAUCAGAAGUACUUGGAAAUAGGUAUGAAACCUCGUCUCAAGAACCACUACCGAGCGCACCAACUUUCCGUCUGGCUCCGCUUAGUUCCCGAACUCCACAGAGCGGGGAUGGAGGAUGUGGCAGCAAGGCAUAACCUAUUCAAAAACCACAACGAGCAGGAUCUGUACGAAGGCAUCGUCAGACCGGAUCCAUUGGCGAGGAACAUCAACGAUAAUGACGCAAUCAGACGUACAAACGGUUCAGUGUACACCGACACAGCCCUAACGACCGUUGAUACGAUACUGGCGACGUGCGCCACAAUACUGCCAGGAAGAGAUCUGCAAACAUUGAACGCUACUGAAAACACUUUGGCUAAUUUGGAAGCGGCCGGCUAUGCCGCCUAUUCGACGGCCUUAAGUGUUACUAUAGCGAUAGGGUGCUCUCUACUGAUUUUGAAUGUCCUAAUUUUCGCUGGAGUUUAUUAUCAGAGAGAUAAGUCAAGAUCGCGUGGGAAGAAUCAACGUUUCAAUGAAAAACACUUUGAGACAAUUUCUGGGAAGCAUUCGCAUUACCAUAUGGAUCCAACGCAUGCUCCAAGCUUGGUAGUGGACGUUGAGAGACAGAAUAGAAAGAAGCACAUGAUGAGUUCAGAUCAUCUGGCGAAUUUAAACUUCAAAGGUCCGUUAGACGUUCCGAAGUCUCCUCCUAGUCCAACGCUAAGUAUGGACAACAUGAUGCUCCCGAGCAAACUGGGGAGCAGAAGCAACAGUUUCCGAAUACCUAACGUGAGCUACCCGCAGAUGGGUUACGCGACUAUGCCAAAGAAUUUGAGCCAGUUUAAUAACUCACCGCCUUUGCAAGAGUUACGGCAACAGAAAUUCCAGCCUCCGAACGGAUCGACGGCGCAGAACUCCCCGGGGAGGGAGGGGGACGCGAGGGGGGCGCACGCGACGCUGCGGAGAGGGAAGGCCUCCCUUCACUCGAACCUCCCGCAAGCCGCCAUUGACGAAAUGAGAGUGUGACAGUUAAUCCCAUCUGACUCUGCAUUACAGGAUUAAAAGUGUGUGUGUAAUUGUAUGGUUGUAAAUACUAUUGUAACUAAGAGGGCGUCGAGAUUUUUUUUAGGAAUGUUAUCGAUUUU